AUCAAUUCACUGCCAAACAGUCCACUCUCUGCCACUGCUACUGCUCCAGACUCCCUCUUUAUCCUUACCGCUCUAUUCUCCACUUCCUUUCAAACGCGAGGAUUGCACUGGUUGCGACUCGUAUCCUUGACCGUGACAGGUACAAAAAAACUUGACCAGGGAGUUGCUUGGACGACUCGGGGGGGACUCACUCAGCUAUAAUACCGCGCGCAAGGCCCCAUACCACCCACACACCAUCCCCGGCCCGAUCGAACAACUCUCCUUUGUGACACCCUUUCCCCUGAUCCUUGUUGAAUCGGAUUGUUAUGGCAGUCGGGGUCGGGACGAGCAUCUCCACGACAUCGACGGUUGCAAGUGUGGGUUCGAAAGCUGCCUGGUCCUCGGAAAUGGAGGUGGAUUCUGCGAGGAGCGAGGAAAUGGUCACUGCGCAUACAAGUAUGGUCGGAUCCUGCAUAGAUAAUGAAAUGAAAGAUCUCGCUGGCUCUUCGACCCGCCGUCGAAAACGUUUACUCCUCUCCACUGAUAGCGCAUUCGUCGACAACGUACUUCCCUCCUUGGUGCGGAAUCCGGACAUCGAGCUACGGUUGAUCACCGACGAGCCCUCGGCGCUGCUCUCGAGCGCCAGCAAGGUCCCGCACUACAUGGAUACGGUGGAUAGCCAGACCUUCGAGAAGAAAACGGGCGCGCGGAAAUGGUUGAAGGCCAAGGCGGCGGAGCUGUGCGACUGGGCGGAUAUGCUCCUGGUCGCGCCGAUCGAUGCGGGAGCGCUGGGUUCCAUGCUGUCGGGCUUGACUAACACCCUCACGCUGGCCCUGCUGCGGGGCUGGACGUCGUCGAAACCCGUGGUGCUCAUCCCCGGCAUGACCGUGUCGGAAUGGAGCCACCCGCUCAGCAAACGGCAGCUCUGGGAGGUGCGGCAAUAUUGGUCCUGGAUCAAGGUCGUCACGCCGGUGCUGUGGAAGCCCGGGGAUACGGAAGAAUUGGUACAAUUGCCCUGGGAUGGAUUGAAGGUUCUCCACGACACGAUUGAACAGACCCUGAAACUAUCUUUCUCGGAAACACAUCCUGCUUCCGGCCAGCCGUCAGAUCAUUCGAGCGGACCGCCAGAAACGACGCAGACGGGGGAUGUGCCCUCAGCCAUGUCGCGACACCUGCUAUAUCGCCUGAAUAAGACCGAACAUGGCCCGCGCUCAUUACCGAUGGAGCUCUGGUUGAAUAUCUUCGAGGACCAGCUACACGACUGGGAGAUCGCCAAGGCCGUGGGCAUCCCCACGAACCUCCCCGUGCCCAAAGAAUGGCAGAACCACCUGCUGAAAAUGUCCACACCGGCCUCGCUCGAAUACACCAUCCUGCGAGGAUCCUUCGCGGCGAUCAAGAAGCGCAUCGACAGCCUCCCGCGCUGGAAACCCCUCUCCGAUCUCUCCCUUCACCUCAUCUUCAAAUUCUCCCGAACCGACAUCCUCUCCUACCUCAUUGAGAAACAGCAUGACCUCCUCUGGACGACCUCUCUCCUCAGCGUCCUCCCCUACCGUGCCUCGGCCAUCUACGGCAACCCCAACCUCCUGACGUGGUGGCGCGACGCCCCCGACCUCCCGAACAAAGACUACACCACCGACGCAAUGGACGGCGCCUCGCGGGCCGGCUUCGUCAACGUGCUGGAGUGGUGGCGCACCUCCGGCCUGGAACUGCGGUACACGGAGCGCGCCCUCGAGGCCGCCAGCGCCGAGGGCCAAGUCGCCGUGCUGGACUGGUGGAAGCGCGCCUCCUCCGCCCCCCCUGCGACCUCCUCACACGCCGUCCUCGCCAGUGGCCGCCGCACCCGCAUCCCGCUGAAGGUCGGCAAAUCCGUGCUCCUGGCCGCGCAGUCCGGCCGCACCGCCUCCCUAGCCUGGUGGGACGCCUCGGGGAUCCCCUACACGCACGGCGAGUCGGUCGCCCGCAUCGCCAGCACCCACGGCCACGUGCACGUCCUGGAAUUCUGGCACCGGCUCAAGGGCGCCAAGAUGAUCUUCGACAGCCAGGUCCUGGUCGGCCCCACCAAGAACGGCCACGACGCCGUCCUGGAGUGGUGGCGCCGCAGCGGCCUGCGCGUCGAGUUCAAGACCUGCGACAUCGAGGAGGCCCUCGAGGACGCCGACCCCGUCUCCGGCGCCGAGCAGCGCGUGCGCACCUGGUGGGCGCGCAACGGGUUGAACCUCGGCGUGGGCACGAGUGAGUGGAUGAAGACGAAGGUGCUCUAGCUCCGAUCUCCUCCUCCGGCCUAUCAUCAAUCUCCUCCCACACCAUUGCAAAUAUAUCCAUACAGUUCUAUCCUCAACCACCCGGUAUCACAGGAGCCAUCACAGGGCUGGGAAUCCGCUCACAAAAAUGGACCACCCGAUGACUUGCUUCAAACCCCACUUGCUAUUACCCCUACCCCGUUUAUUCAUAAUACCCUCUUCACACCCUAUUGCUUCUCCC